AUGACAUAUUACAAGCGGCUGCAAACCCUUGUCAAAGACCCUCGACACGACUGCGUGCUGUUUGCCAAUGAAUUUCAGAAGUACUCUUACUGUCCACGAGAGAAGGGCGAGAGCCAGGAAAAAUGGCAGACCAGGUGUGUGUACUCAGCUGCAGUGUGGUACUACAACCACCUGGCAGGAAUGAUGAAUAUAGUGAUGAUCACUGAGGAUCCCGAGGCCGUAGCUCAGCUCAGCUGCCUGACGUCUGGAGUGUACGUCAUCUCCGUCCAGGAUUAUUUGCAAAGCUUCUGGUCAGAUCUGCAGGCAGCCCAUGAACUGUUUAGCUCCAUUUCUCAGGCACAACAAGAGACAGAGGGUGACGAUGGGGAGAAAGAGUUUCCCGAACAUCUUCCCGCUGAAGUCCUGGAGGCUGGUAUAAAGUCUGAACGUUACAUUCAGGGUACACUGAAUGUUAACAAGCAUCGGGCACAGAAUGAGGCUUUCGUCAGGCCGAAGAACUUCUCAACCAAGAGCACAGAUCUGACUUGGGAUGUGCUUGUGUAUGGUCGAAAAAAUCGAAACAGAGCAGUGCACGGGGACGAGGUUGUGGUGGAGUUGUUGCCCAAGAACGAGUGGAGAGGGAGGGACACAGCCCUGACUGAUGGGGAUGAAAAAACUGGAGAGGACAAUGAGAGCACACCUCUGCCAACAGGUCGUAUUGUAGGGAUCCUGCAGAGGAACUGGAGAGACUACGUGGUAACUUUCCCCACUAGGGAUGGGAUUCAGUCCCAGAGCAGGAAUUCCCAGCGGAUACUGACCAUACCUUGGGACCAGCGUAUUCCUAAAAUCCGCAUCAGUACUCAACAGGCUGAAGCUCUGCAGGACCACAGAGUCGUGGUGCGCAUUGAUUCAUGGGAAAGCACGUCAUUCUAUCCCAACGGCCAUAGUGUACGGGUUUUGGGUCGAGCUGGAGAGCUUGAGACUGAGGUCCAGACCAUCCUCAUAGAGAACUGCAUCCAUAUUCUUCCUUUCUCAGACGCACAGCUGAGAGAGAUGCCGGUCAACUCUCUGGAGAAGCCGUGGACGGUAGACGCCUCUGAGGUGGCGGAGCGGCGGGAUCUUAGGGACAGUCACCUGGUGUUCAGCAUUGAUCCACGCGGCUGUGAAGAUGUAGACGACACGCUGUCUAUACGCAAGCUCCCCAACAGAAGGCUGGAGCUGGGAGUUCACAUCGCUGAUGUCACUCACUUUGUCAAAGAGGGCUCGCUCACAGACUUGGAGGCACGUUCAAGGGCUACAACCUACUACCUGGCAGACCGCAGGUACGACAUGCUGCCUGCUGUUCUCAGCGCAGACCUUUGCUCGUUGCUGGGAGGUGCUGACAGGUAUGCAAUGAGCGUGCUUUGGGAGCUUGAUGCAGAAUCCCUCGAAGUCCAAGAGGUCUGGUAUGGUCGUACGCUCAUCCGCUCCUCCUAUCAGCUCCACUACGAGCUGGCUCAGGCGCUGCUCAACGGAGAGCAGGUUGAGGUAGAGGAACUGGCCGACCUGGGUCCUCAGGAAAAGGGUUCUAAGCUAGCUCAACUCACCGAGGCACUUGAGAUGCUCACACAUGUAGCCAGACAUCUUCGGGCAAAGAGGGACAGAGGAGGAGCGCUGGAGCUGGAAGGAGUGGAGGUGGGUGCCCAGCUGGAUGAGGAGAGGAACAUUACGGCCCUGGUCCCUCGUCAGCCCCUGGAGGUCCACGAGACGGUGGCAGAGUGCAUGAUUUACGCCAACCACUGGGUGGCCCGCAAGAUCCAGGAAGCUUUCCCCAACCAGGCCCUUCUACGGCGUCACCCACCACCACAACAGGAGCUCUUCAAGCAGCUGGUGGACACUGCAAAGGCCAAAGGUUUCACCGUUGACACCAGGUCCAACAAGGCUUUGGCUGCCUCACUGGACCGAGCUGUGGACCCACAGGACCCCCUGGUGAACAGGUUGUUCAGAAUGAUGGCCACCACUGCUAUGUCACAGGCUCUGUACUUCUCCACUGGUGCUCAUCCUCAAGACCAAUACUACCAUUAUGGUCUGGCUCUGGAUCGCUACACACACUUUACCUCACCCAUCCGUCGGUACGCAGAUAUCGUCGUGCACCGCCUUCUCACCGCAGCCCUGCACAUGCAGAGGGGCGUCGUGUCUGGUAAAGCACCAGCCAGUAACAAAGAAGUGGAGGAAAUGGCUCACCAUGUCAACAGCAAGAACAGGGCAGCGCAGGCAGCACAAAUGCGAUCCACAGCACUGUUUCAGUGUCUGUUCUUCAGAGACAGAGACCCUCAGACAGACCCGUGCUGUGUGGCUGACGCUGUUGUCUACUCCAUUCGAGACAACGGUGUCUUGGUGUUUAUCCCAGAGUAA